CUCACUGCUCCUGCCGGGCACACGCGCUGCUGUGCUGCUGCUCCUCCCGAGGAGAGCCGCGCCGCCUCCCCGCCCCUGCUGCUUCCACGCUCUCCCUUAGCUCCCGGCCUCAAACUUUGCCCAUUCCGGGCUGUAAUCCGUUUGCAUCGCAGCCGUCCCCUGCAGCAGCGCCCUGCCGGAGCGUGGGGGGAGAUGCGCCCUCCGCUCUAACCAGAGCGUUUACACACAAGUGGGAUCUGCCUCUGCUGGGAUCGGGGCCGGGUUCCAUCCCCCGGAGCUCCUGCGUCCUGAGUGGCGGCAGCUGCACCAUCCCUGGGAAGUCAGCCUCAGAAGAGCCAGGAUUUCCCCCCGUCCUUCUUCCCACUCUUCUUGCAAUAGCUGUUGGAAGUCACAGGCUCUCUCCGGAGCCCGAGAUCUUGCAUCGCCCUGCCAAGGUCCCACUGAUUUUUGCCUGUGGGUUGGGGACUUUUUAUUAAACCUCCCCCCCUUGCCAUCUGCUUUCCCCGGAGUGUUGUUUUUUUAGGGGGGCGGGGAGGCAGCGAUGCUUGGGGGAAGGUGGGACUGAGCUCCCUCACCCCCCAUUCCGUACACCGUGCCCGCAAACAGCUAGCGAGCGCCGGGCAGAGGGAGAGAUCCCGCUUUGCAGCCCGGGGUCAGCGGGACCUUGGGAUUGUCCUUUGCGCUGCAGGUUGGGGGGCUCGGCGGAGAAGGAGGAUGCAUUUCUUUCCGGGGGGAUUUUGGCUUCUGUGUGUCGCCGCCUCCUCGGCUCGGGGUGACAGUGGCAGCAAAGCGAAGAGCUGCACCGAGGUCCGGCAGUUUUAUGCGACCAAAGGAUUCAGCCUGCACGGGGUACCCCAGGCGGAGAUCUCAGGGGAACACCUGAGAAUCUGCCCGCAGGGCUACACCUGCUGCACCAGCGAGAUGGAGGAGAAUUUUGCAAAAAAAAGCCAAAGUGAAUUUGAAGACAUGAUGACAGAAGCCAGCCGCUCUGCACAGGUGACCCUAACAUCUCAGUACAAAAACUUUGAUGGUUAUUUCCAGGAUUUGUUGAACAAGUCAGAGAAGGCCCUCUAUGACACUUUUCCUAGCAUGUAUGGAGAGCUAUACAGCCAGAACGUCAAGCUCUUCAAGGACUUGUACAGCGAGCUGCGGCGCUAUUACCGGGGCUCCAACAUCAACCUGGAAGAGGCCCUCAACGAGUUCUGGACACGCCUGCUGGAGCGCCUCUUCAAGCUGAUGAAUCCCCAGUACCACAUCACUGACGAGUACCUGGACUGCAUGGUGAAGCACUCGGAGCAGCACAAACCCUUUGGAGAAGUUCCGAGGGACCUGAAGCUGAAGGCGACAAGAGCUUUCAUCGCAGUGCGCUCCUAUGUGCAGGGGCUUAGCGUGGGCAGUGACGUUGUCAAAAAGGUCUCUCAGGUGUCUCUUAGCCAUGAGUGCACUCGUGCCAUAAUGAAGCUGGUGUACUGUCCGUAUUGCCGGGGCAUGUCUAGUGUGAAGCCAUGCAACAACUACUGCCACAACGUCAUGAAGGGCUGCCUGGCCAAUCAAGCAGACCUGGACACGGAAUGGAGGAACCUGAUUGAUUCUAUGCUGCUGGUGGCUGACCGGUUUGAUGGACCAUCCAAUGUAGACACUGUAAUUGGUACCAUUCACUCCCGGAUUGCUGAAGCCAUUUCUAACAUGCAGGAAAACAGAGAGUCUAUCACAGCCAAGGUUUUCCAAGGUUGUGGAAAUCCCAAAAUCAGCACAAAAGCAUCCAGUGGAGAGGAUAAGAAAAGAAGGGGAAAAGCUGUCACCGAUGACAAAUCCUCGGGGCUUGGACUGGAGAAGCUAGUUUCUGAUGCCAAAGGGAAGCUGAGAGAUAUCAAGGAUUACUGGGUUGCCCUUCCAAGCACAAUUUGCAAUGAGAAAAUAACAUCCAGCUCGGUGAACGAGGACAAGUGCUGGAACGGAAUGGCCAAGGGGAGGUAUUUACCAGAGGUGAUGGGAGAUGGUCUGGCCAAUCAGAUUAAUAAUCCAGAGGUAGAGGUGGACAUCACCAAGCCAGAUAUGACUAUUCGUCAGCAAAUCAUGCAGCUCAAGAUCAUGACAAACCGACUGCGCAAUGCUUACAAUGGGAAUGAUGUGGACUUCCAGGAUGCUAGUGAUGACAUCAGUGGCUCUGGGAGCGGUGAUGGCUGCCCUGAUGAAGUCUGCGGCAAAAGACUUUCCAAGAACCCCAGCACCAGGCAGCCAGAAGUACAUGCUAUUCCUAACCAGUCUGGACGUGGCGUAAAGGGGGCCAGCAGCAAAUUUUUGCCUUCCUCCUUGCUAAUCUUCCUUUCUGUGGCUGUUAUUGCAACGCAGUACUUGCGGCGGUAACUUACUUGCACAGCCAUGAAAGAGACUGUGGCUGAGGUCUUAACUUUGCCAAAAAAAAAAAUUAAAAAAAAAAAGGACAAUAUUUAAUUCAUCUUGGCAAAAAAGAGGGAGAAAAAAAAGGUCUCAAUUGUUUGUGAUAUCUGGCAGUGCUAGAGCUGUUUCAUCCUUGUUUGGUCUUUUUUGAAUGCUGGGCCCUUCUUUCCGUACCUCAAUUUUUUAUUUUAUUGUUUUGCCACAAAGAGGCUCUUUGGGGCCUCAAACAAGCCUUUGCAGAUAGGGGAAAAGAAAAAAUGAUCUUCAGAGGGUCACGAUUUGACUGACUGCAGUGGAAUAUGCAGUUGACCUAAUAGCCAAGGAUGCCACUUACCACAUUAACAUCUAAAGCACGACAGUUUAGAACAGUGCAACUUUUAAAAUUAGGACUGACAAGAGCAGCAAGCACUCUGUUCUAUUCAGGAGCUAUUUCAUGGUUUUCUACUGUAUUUCUUAAGCAGGCAGAGAGAUAAUCCUUCACUCAUUUUCUUUGAUGUACGUUUUUCAACUAAUUCUUUAUGCUAAUACAAACUCGAUUAGCAAUGGAAUUCCUUAUCCAAGCGUUUGCAACGAAAAUGCAACAGUCCUUUCACUUACAAGUACACAGGUUGUUUUGUUUACUAAAAUUAGCCAUCAGCGGCACUUAAUAAUGCUCCUAAAGCGAAUGGGAGUGAGUUUUAGAUUUUGCGUGAUAUUUGGAAACCACUGAAGUUAGCUAUUAAUGAUGGUCUAAUCUAGACCUGCAAUCAGUGGUGAGCUGGAGCCGGUUCCCAAGAACCGGUUGCUAAAAUUAGACCUCCAUGGAGAACCGGUUGUUAAAGGGCCAGGGGGUGGGCAAAGAACUCCGGUCCGCGGGUCAGACCAUCCUGUU